CUCGGAGCAUCCCUCGUCCUGUCAUCCACAAACACCACCAACCCCGUGGCUGAAUGCCUCUUGUCCCUGGCCCCCAGACCGACAACAACGCCAUCGCCAUUUCAGACUAUUCGAGCCGACGCCAUGAGGAGCAAACCCAGAAGCACUACGCUGCCUCUCCCACAGGCGGAGUUCGAGGCGCUGCCCGAUUCGGUCCAGAGAAAGUACUUUUCGUCCUUGGAGCGUCUGCAGAUCCAACGGCAGGCCUUGGACGAGCCUACAUCAGGCCGCUCUUCCCAGGCCAGUUCCUCCAGACUCCACCGGCCCACGUUGUCACUAGGUGCCGUACGCCGCAGACGCAGACUCGAAAAGCCUGUGCUCGAAUACGACAUCUCGCUCUCUGACGUUGAGUUUUUCUUCUCUCUACCCGAAAAAGUCCGCAAACAGCUGUUUUCGCGCGAGGAACAGUUGCUUCUUCAAGGCUGGCGUGAACAUUCCUUCAUUGCCGACGACCAAGACUCCGAGUGGGCACAACAACGCUUCGACGACUUCCACUUUGACUUUUUACAGCCAUCCCGUCUCGACGCUGCCGAGCGCGGACGCUCCCUGAGACCACAUUCAGUAUCGUCAGCAGAAAGCCCACUGAGCGGACCGAGCGGCCUCUUUGCGGCCUUGGAAAAGGACCCGGAUCACUCCACUACUCCUUCAUACCUCCACACCAUGGCCAAUCCUACUCCUAUAUUCACCUCCAAGGAAAUGCCCGCCCGCCACACGAGGAGAACAAUGUCCCUUACUUCUUGUCCUGUCCGCGGUGGAUCCUCCUCCUCUCCCUUUGGGCCUCCGUUCCUUAGUGGUAUCAACACUCGCCCCCACCAACGUUCACAAUCCUCUUCUCUCACUGGCCGCACGCCAGUCCACACACCCGUUUCUCCUGUAUUCGACCCCGAGGCCACUCAUUACCAGGACCCGGAGGCGAGGAAGAAGCUACGCAUGUACCUUGCUUCUCCUCAAAAGUUUGACGAAGCCAUAGAAUUCGGCUUCCCAUCAUCAACAAGGCCCGACACUGCUGCACCGCACUACCACCUACCACAGAUUGACACUCAUGCCUGCAAGUUCAGUCGGGACAUGCAAACAUUUCUCAGAGAUGGGCAACUGUCCUUCUUAGAGGAUGAACGUCACGAUAACGAAGGCUUGGCAUCAGAUGCCGACUCUGUCGCCGACAUGGAAUCGCCUGCCACACCCUCCAGUACUGGCGUCACUUUUCGUAUACAUUCUCGCCAAACAUCACACCGGAACUUGUCCCUGGAUUCACCAAUGCCAUCGCCUGUACACUCAACACACGCCCAACUAAACCGGGAGAUGACUCUGCGCAUGACCUUGACCCGUCCGGAUCUCCGUGCAGACGAAGACCAGUUGUACGGCUGGCAAGGCGCCUCGUCCAGCCCCAAGCCUCAGAAUGACGAUCCCUUGGCGCUAGAGGAUCUUGUCUUCAGCGACGAUAUGACUGGCACCAAAGGCGCAUUCUAUGUUAAGCCCAAGCCGCGCGGAAACCUAGUCAGCCGCCUGCUGAAGCGCGCCAGUUUGAAAUCUCGAUGAAAUACAUCCGCUAGUCACUCGAAGCGUGUCACCCUUAUGGGCCUCGUGCCCUCUUUUUUCUAGUCCAUUUUUAAAACCUGUUAUUACUUUCUUAGUUCUAAUUCACCAACAGGUCUGCUGCGUUUGAGCGGGCGUUUUUGUUGUUGUUUCUCUUUUGGUUCGACACAUUGGUUUGGGCGCCAGAAUUGUACGAUAUACUACGAUGCACGAUACGAUUCAGAUGCAUGAAUGAGGCGUUUUCCUUUCAACCCACCCACACCAGGUUCUUCCUGUGCAAUUCAGCUAGU